AAGUGACUUUUUUUUUCUCAAUAGUUUCCACCUGCUCCUCAUCCCUGCUGAAUUAGAGAGUUAGUCCCAAGCAGGUUUCCAAGCUGAGACGACAUGGAUUGUCCUGAGAGGAGACUGCAUGUAGCUUUCCUCCUUUUUCUGCAUCUUCUGUCUGUCUGCUGUGUCUCCAAUCAAAAAACUACAGUCUCCUGGUGCGUGCUGUCUGAUGCCGAGGAGCAAAAGUGCUUGGAUUUGGCUGGGAACGCUACAGCCCGAAAUGUGAGAGGAACAUUGCAAUGUGUCCGUGGCCUGAACACCAGGGACUGUAUGGAUAAAAUCAAGAAUGGUACAGCAGACGCAGCCUCCAUGUUUGGAGAUGACAUCUAUGCUGCUGGUUUCUGCCAUGGGCUGGAACUUGCUGCUGGAGAGUCCCACAACGGUGUAGAUGGUAUCAGCUACUAUGUGGUUGCGAUGGCCCGUCGGUCCUCAUCAGAUCUGUCCCUGCUGGAGAUGCACGAACGCAGCUCCUGUCACCCAGGAAUACGCACCACAGUGGGGUGGACUGUUCCUAUAGGCUACCUGGUCAACACGUCCCAAAUCAGCGUAGGAGAGCAGUGCAACUUCCCCAAAGUGGUGGGAAAUUUCUUCGGCUACAGCUGUGUUCCAGGUGUGAAGGACCCCCAGCACGAUCCCAGAGGCAACAACCCAAAGAACCUCUGCGAGGCCUGUAUUGGAGAUGAGAAUGACAGACACAUCUGUGCCAACAACCACAGAGAGAGGCACUAUGGAGAGGCUGGAGCACUGAGGUGCGUGGCCGAGAACCUCGGCGACGUGGCUUUCGUCAAACACACGACAAUCUUUGACAAUCUGGAUGGUAAGAACCAGGAGUCCUGGGCCCUGGAUCUGGAGCUGGAGGACCUCAAGCUGCUGUGUCCAGAUGGAACUGAGGCGGGUCUGGAUGAGUAUGCGCGGUGCCAUCUGGCAGCAGUCCCUGCAAACGCUGUGGUGGUGCGCAUGGAGGAUAAGUGCCGCGUCUGGAAAUACCUGGAACGUUUACAGAAUGUGUUUGGCAACGCCACCGAGGGCUUCAGCCUGUUCAGCUCAGCGGGCUACGGCCAAUCCGAUCUGCUCUUCACUGAUGCCACCCACCACCUGCAGAGAGUUCUGGGUAGCUACACCUCUUGGCUGGGCCCCACUUACACCACCAUGCUGCAAGCCUUCGAGUGCGAGGGCUUCUGCUGAUGGAAGAGGAGGAAGACAUCCAGCGCAUCAACUUCCACCCCAUCCCGCUGUCUCCAUCCUCCAGUUCUGCCUUCCCCUUCCCUGCCAUCUGCCUCACUGUCUCUCCGUCUUCUUUCUGCUUUGCUUAUAAUGUCUGUUUUCUACCAGCAUUUCACCACCCAUUCUCUAUUAUUACAUCCUCACCCUCCUCCAACCUCGACGUCCUCAUAUACGCCGGCUAGCAGGGUGGACGAUGCUAUGAGAGGCUAAUCGGCCAUUAAAAUGCUCCUGAAAUUGAGCAUGGUUGUUUUAAAAAGGAAGAAGAAGAAAUAGGAUAGACAUAGGUGACAAUAGAUUAGAAACGAAGUGCAAGUAAUUGACAGUCGUUACUGAGGGAAGAUUUUGAUCAGGAUUUUAGUAGAACCCCCUCAAAAACAUGAAAUAUUCCCAGCAUAAAUUUCCAAAAGUCUUGUAAACUGUUCCUGCCCUGUGCAUCGCUUGGGAAAUUGCAUCCUUCUUGGCUUGUUGCAUUAGUCUAAGCUUCGAUACCACCCUCUCACCUCCCUCCCACAGGGUCUGUCUCUGGCACUGAACAACUGGGUGCUAUUAACGUUGAGCUUAGAAGUCUCAGUUACUGUAUGUGUGUGUUUGUGCAUGUGUGUGCAUGUGUUUUUCCCACAGCCAUUAUUGCCGUAAUUGGCAGUCUGGCAUAUUAUACUGUUUGUGUGAGUGAGGGAGAAAGUGUGUGUCUGUAGGUUUAUGUGCCUAUGUGUUGAUAGGAUUGCUGCUUUCCCAUGGCUUGUAUAGCUCACUUACUUUGGAUCACUGCUUUCUCACGUCUGGUAUGGUGGACUGGACUGUGCCAGCUCACAGCGUAUUGUAACACUAUACAGUUUGGAGAAAAAAGGGGGAUUGAGGCCUGGGUUUGUCUCCAAUGACCCCCGAGUGAGUCUUUGAUUAUUUUAUUCAUCUGUGAAACGUAUUUGCAUCAGCCAGCAUGACUCCAAAUUCUCAAAAAAACCUUCUCCGUCUCUCUUGCUUUUGAGUGUUUCUGCAAUAUGUCAUUUAUACGCUACUAGUAGAGAAAUGAUAGGAGGUAAGAGUGACUAAUAGCAGGAGGAUGUUUAAGGUUGGAAGCAGAAAUUAGCAUAUAGUCUUGUGGAAGAAUUUGUCGUGAGAGGAGUUUUACUGAGUUUUCAAUGAAGAAAAGGUGAUUAUCCAAAAAAAGGAUAAUUUAUUUGCCUGGCAUGUUUAAGAAAGAAUUAAAGAAUCACAGUAAAAAUCACCAGCGCAGUUUAUAAGCCUUACUUGACCUACUGAAUCAUGUACUGUAUAAUGUAUAACAAACCAUAAAUCUGGGGCUUUUUAUGCCACCUCCUUAUUAUUUUUUUUUUAUUAUUUUCUUUCACAUACUGCACCACUGAGCUCAGCAAUAAACUGAUAAAGCCGGAUGAAGUUCUCCUCUUCAAAUUGUGGUUUUGACCUCACCAGACUUACAAACAAAGGAGUGUAUUUACAGAAUUUUGCAAAGAUAGCGGCAGGUUUUUUUUAAAUUUUUGCUUUGCCAUCUGUGUAUUUCUGUUGUACUAAUUCAACUCUGGUUUGUACCAUUGGUGCUAUUUGUUUCUACCAUUGUCCGAUAGUCUUUAAAAGAGGCUUGAUGUAAAUACUCCUUGCUGCCUGAAUGUGUAGAGCUGCAAACCUUCUUUUAUUUUUUUUUCAACCAAUUAAAUGAAUGAUGAUAAAGGAAAUAA